GUACAGAUGGUAUGUGCAACACUCGGACAGCUUCUUGUACAAACUUCAGAAUGAGGAAAACCAUCAUUUUGCUUUUUCUUCUGGCUCUGGAGGCUGAGAGUUCUUACGAGCUGACAAGCCAGGAUUUGGAGCGAGUGCUUAUUCGAUCAAAGAGGAGAUGGGUCCUGAAUACUAUUGAACUAGAUGAGGAAAGUCCUGGGCCUUAUCCAAGGAAACUUACAGAGUUGCACAACGAUAAGCAUCUGAAUUACUCCAUUAAAUUCAGAAUCAGCGGUCAGGGUGUGACAGAAGACCCGAAGGAUUUGUUUACCAUUAAUGAAAAUACUGGGGAAAUCUUUGUACACAGGGCCAUAGACAGAGAAAAGUACUCCAUUUUAAAUGUGAUGUUUGAUGUGAUGGACAAAAACACUGGUUUAAUCCUUGACAAAACUCUGGCUUUCAAUGUGGCCAUAAAAGAUAAGAAUGAUAAUCCACCCCGAUUCAUUCCUGAGGUUUUAUCUGUACAAAUUCCAGAAAACACAAAAGAAGGUCGGCUUACUUUCUCACUCCAAGCAAAAGACAUUGAUGAGCUAAACAAUGACAAUUCGCACAUCUCUAUGCAAAUAGAGUCCCAGGAACCAGCACUGCCAAAAAUCUCUCUGGACUCCAUCACGGAUGGAAUAGACAGCAUGAUCGCAAACCUUAUCUUCACCGGUUGCUUUAAUUAUGAUAAAAUAAAGACAUAUAAACUGCUUGUCAAAGCAUGGGAUCAUGGAAAACCAUCGCUCUCAACUACCACCACUGUAAAUAUCGCCAUCACCGACUCCAACACUCAUGCACCCAUGUUUGCUGCUACAAAUUUCAAUACUUCCGUUAUGGAGAUGGAAUCCAAUAAGGAGAUUUUAAGGAUUCCUGUGAAAGACCAGGACACUCCCAACACUCCAGCAUCCAGAGCAGUGUUCACUAUCCUGAAGGGUAACGAGGAGGGCAACUACAAGAUAGAGACGGAUCCAGUUACCAAUGAAGGAGUGCUGACUGUCAUCAAGGAAAAGGAUCAUGAGAAAACUACUCAACAUGAGCUGGAAAUAGCAGUGGAUAACGAAGAGCCCUUCUUUUUAUGUGUUGACGGAAAGCCAGUGACACCUAUUCCAGAGACGUUAAAAAGAAGCGGCACAACUAAAGUCACCGUCAAGGUCAUCGAUGUGAAUGACCCACCCGUGUUUCAGAAUAAAAUUCAAAAGGUUUACAGGGUUGAAGAAGAAGAGCCGGGAGAUGUGUUGUAUACACCUACAGUCACAGAUGAGGAUUCAGACGUAACUAAACUCCGGUACGAGCUAGUAGAAGAUCCAGCUAAAUGGAUGUCCAUAAACCCCAAAAAUGGGAAGAUUACCCUUGCAAAAAAGAUAGACCGUGAGUCUCCACAUGUCCGAAACAGCACAUACACUGUCACGAUGCGAGCAAUAGAUGAUGGGGAACCUCCUGCCACAGGUACAGGCACUCUGGUGGUCCAUAUUGGAGAUAAGAAUGAUAACAAACCUUAUCUAAUCUCCAACACUUCAGUAAUGUGUGGAAACAAAGCUGACAGAGUCAAACUCAGAGCAGAGGAUGCAGAUAUUUUUCCAUAUAGUGGACCUUUUACAUUCACUCUUGACAAAGAUGAUCCGCAGAUGAAGAGCCAGUGGAAGCUAGAACAAAGUCCAGGGUCUGAAAAUGUAUUGAUUAGUCUGAAUCGUCUUCCAUAUGGGAAUUACUCAGUUCCACUGAAGAUUGCUGACCAACAGGGAGUAUUAGGACAUGAUGUCUUAAAAGUGGUGGUAUGUGACUGUGGAACAGGAGACGCAUGUCUGGGCCCGCGUCCUCGAUCCACCAGUCUCCACGGAGCAGCUAUAGGAAUUCUACUGGCAUCACUGCUGUUAAUAGCCUUGCUGCUUUUCUUAAGUUUCCACUGCAAGAAAAAGGAAUUCAAGCAGUUCGCGUGUACUGAUGGCAGCCCAAAACUGAUGUCAUACAAUGAGGAAGGAGGCAUUUCAGACUGCAAGGUGUGUUUACAAUUCAUACAGAGCCCAAAUGGCAUUUAUCAAGGCUUGAUGCCUGAAAUGAUAAAGUUUGAGCCACGGUUUUAUCCCAACAGUGCUGAUCAUUUAGCAAACCUGAAGAGAGAAAGUGUUAGGGGCUGGACUAAAAACAGGAAUAGUACAUAUAACAGCACAAGGGGUGGAUUCACCAGAUCCUUUAGGCCUGUGUCAGACUGGAACAUGCAAGAACACAUUGGAAGGAAGCUUUAUAAUCUUUCUGUGGAGCAGCAGGACUUCCCUGAAUGUUACCCACAUGAUUACGGUGCUGAAGAAACCAAUAAUGAAGUUGUGACACUGGACCAGUUAUCUGUUUACAGCACAGAAGAUAAUCUGGACUUUCUGCAGAACUUGGGACCAAAGUUCUGCACACUGGAUAUGAUCUGUCAGCAAGGACUAAAAGAGAAGAACAUGAAGUUGUAAUUUUUUUUUAAAGAUUAUUAUUUACUUUUCUAUUGGAUCUUUUUAUAGCACUUCUCCUUUAAAUAUCUAUGUUUUUAUGGACAAUAUGUUAUACUGUACAGCCUCAUCAGUACAACAGCCACAACAAUUUAUCUUCUGAAUAAAAGACAAAAAGGCAUUGAGUUUAACAAAAACUAAUAAAAAUUGUGAAUACAUUUUCUGGCAAGUUAUUAAAGCUAUAGUCUUAUAAAAGUUUUAAAAGUGCAAGUCAUUAAACUAUUUGGAAAUUUGACUAACAUUAGUAGCUGUUUUCCUACAAUCUUUGUUUAAUGUGUGUCUUUGGCCAUGUUUCUAUCUUUAUAACAUUUAAUGUACUUUUGUAUAUGUUUGUAUGUAUGUAUGUAUGUAUGUAAAUUUCUAUGGGCAACUUUUUUGACAAUUGUUUGACAAAUGCUAAUUUCCAUAAAUUCCUCUAUUGGUGUUUUUACAAAUUCAGCAGGUGUGAAAACCACUAGGAAAAUAAAUAAGCCAGAUAUACAUAAUUUUUUUACUACACAACUGAGUGACAGACUAUCAGCACUGUUCAGGGAGAUAUAUGUAAUAUUAACACACACUAGCAAUGGGAAAAGGGGAAACUGUCUUUGCAGUAACAGGCCUAACAAAUGUGCAAAUUUUAAAAAAAUUUGUCAUGUGCAAUAUCCUAUACAAUCUGCAAUAUGCGCAUCUAUCCCUGGUCUGGGAUGCACCAAGUUGUAAAGGAACAUAUUCAUUUCGUCUUUAUCUUCUACAUCUGAUUCUCUUAAUUUAUUCAGGAACUGAAACAUAGUGACAGGAAACAAGAAGGAAAGAGCUGGUACAGUACAGUAGGAAAAAUUUAGCAUGGACUGAGGGGUGUUAAAAUCUAAAACAUCUGUUCUCAACCUCAGGAAAAUGAAAACCAGAACCUCCUUAAACUCCAGAAUGUGUUCUGUCAAUGUCCUAUAUUUUAUUAUUAUUAUUAUUAUUAUUUUAUUUUUUUAAUUACUUGCAGUGCAAUUGAAAUAAAGCAAACAUUAAAAAUUAAUAAAUUAUGAAUUGCACUUUUAAAGUAAGAUUUAUGGUGGUAAUGUUAAAACUAAAUGUAGUGAAUAAAUCUUAUACUGGUGUUAGUAAUGUUGGUGCUGUUAUUUACUUUAUAGUAUAAUGUGAAACCAGAUGUUCUGUCCCUUGUUUAGCACAACAUGUUCCUUAUGAUAUGCAGAAAUAAGCUGUGCUUCUAAUAAACACUAAA